AUGGCUAUGAGUCUGCUUGAGGAGCAGAGAACUGAUUCAUCAGGGAUGUCGUGGGGCCGUUUUAAGGAGGUAUUCUUUGAGAGAUACUUCCCGGCCUCCAUCCGUGAUGCAAAGGCUGCAUUCCUAGACCAUAUUGUGUCGGGAGGUGGUAUCUCAGUUGAUCCUGGUAAGAUUGAAGCAGUGAUUGACUCGGUGAAACUGAAGAGUGUGCAGGAAGUUCAGAGUUUCCUAGGACUAGCUGGGUACUACCAACGGUUCGUAGAGGGAUUCUCUAGAUUGUCUGGCUUAUUGACACGGUUAACAAGGAAAGAUGUGAGAUUUGAUUGGACUGCUGAGGGCAAGCAGAGUUUCUAG